AUGCUUUUCUUUCCGCUUUUUCUUUUCUGGUUGAUUGCGCCUUUUGCUAGCGCCACCAGAAUCUUUUUCCGUGAUGGUGGUGUUGCCUUCUUUUCCUGUGCUACAGCCUUGCAAGCCCAGGCUACAUUUUGUGAAGGUCCAUACGCAGAUGUUCCUUAUUUCUGUGUUUGCACCAACAAAAAUGCUAUGGCAACCAUGACAGGCUGCUUUGAGGCCGAAGGUGAAUUGACCACUGACGCUUACAAGUACUAUUCGUACUUCUGCCACAACCACUUCAAAACCAACUUCACUUCUAAAGAGGUUGCCCAGGCAUACAAGUACUACCAAGUUGCUGCCCAAAAUGCCACUGCUGCUACUUUGUUAGACGUCGUUUCCACCCCGUUGAUCAUUCCUCCAAUUCUUCUUCCUGAAUUGUUCUUGUUGAAGGACUCUUUCAAGAAGACUUUGGGCAACUUCGAUUACUCUUGGUACUUUGGUAUUGGGUGUCUUGCCUACUGGGCUUUGAUGGUUAUUGCUUCUGCUGUCGUCAACUGGGGCGUCUACUUGUUCCCUCAAACGAGAAUGAUGUUCAACGGACCUGUGAGCAAGCUGGUACGCCGUUACUUGACUGUUCCUGCCUUGGCUGGACAGAAGAAAAAUGUGGCCCAGCGUUUCCUCUUUGUGCUUAACUUCUUGUUGCCUUCUAGACUCGAAUCUGUGGUCCUUUUCGUUUUCUUCUGGCUUCUCUUCAUUCUGACCAUCAUUGGAAUCAGGACAGUUGACCACGAUCCAGUGUACAAUUCGAAAGGCAUUGCUGUGGCCACUUUGGUUGGAGACAGAACAAUCCUCCUUGCCAUGUUGCUUACUCCUUUGGCUCUUUUGAUGGCUAUCAGGAACAAUGUCUUGCUCUGGGUCACCAGAUGGAAAUACUCUACCUUCCUUACAUUCCACCGCUGGCUCGUUAGGGUAAUCACCCUCUUGGCCUUUGUGCAUAUGCUUUGCUACACUUGGAUUUACAAGAAAAACAACAUUUACUCUGAGCAAAUCAAGAAAUCUUUCAUGGCUUGGGGCAUUGUCGCUGUCAUCUGUGGCUUUUUGAUGUGCUUUGACAGCCUUUUGUUCUUCAGAAGAAACCACUACGAGACCUACAAAAUUGUCAAGAUCUUGUGUGGUGUCUUCUGGAUUGUUGGUAUGUGGUACCAUACCAAGCAAUACGGCAUUAAGCAAAUUAUCUAUCCAAACUUUGCUGUGUGGGCCUUUGACUACUUUGUCAGAGCUUGCAGAAUCGCAUGGUUCGGUUUCCCUACUGCUGAGGUGUCCUACCUUCCUGACAACACGUUGAAGAUAGAGGUUGCAAGGCCAAAAUCCUGGCCUGUCUUUGCAGGUGGCCAUGCCUACAUCCACUUCUUAGAAGGUAUGAGCUUCUGGCAGAACCACCCUUUUAUGAUCUACGAAUCUGUCGCUAAGGAACUGACCAUUGUCAUGAAAUGCAAGGUUCAUGGGGGCAUUACUAGAUCUCUUGCCAAACGUGUUGAAGCUGCCCCAGACCAGAAGUUGUCCAUUCGUGCGGUCCUUACGGUUUCGCUUCUGCGAUCCACCACAACUCUACAGUUUUGGUUGCUGGAGGCUCUGCUAUUGCCGGUGCAUACUCUAAGGCUAUGUCAUUGGCCAAAUUUUCUUCCGACAGCUCCCGUUCUAUCAAGUUGA